GGGCCGGGCCGGGCCGGGCCCGGCCGCGCGGGGCUGGGGCAGUGUCUCUGGGCUGGCGGCGGGAGCAGCAUGGAUUGGGGCACGGAGCUGUGGGACCAGUUUGAGGUGAUUGAACGCCAUACACAAUGGGGCCUGGACCUGUUAGACAAAUAUGUGAAGUUUGUGAAGGAGCGGACGGAAGUAGAGCAGAACUAUGCCAAGCAGCUCAGGAGCCUAGUGAAAAAAUACCUGCCCAAGAGAUCGACAAAGGAUGACCCAGAGUCCAAGUUCAGUCAGCAACAGUCCUUCAUGCAAGUUUUACAAGAGCUCAAUGACUUUGCCGGCCAGCGGGAGCUGGUGGCUGAGAACCUGACCAUGCAGGUGUGUCUGGAGCUGGCCAAGUAUUCACAGGACAUCAAGCAGGAGCGGAAGACGCAUUUCCAGGAGGGCCGCCGGGCGCAGCAGCAGCUGGAAAACGGACUCAAGCAGCUGGAGAAUAGCAAACGGAAAUUUGAACGAGACUGUCGGGAGGCAGAAAAGGCAGCUCAGACGGCUGAGCGGCUGGACCAGGACAUUAAUGCCACCAAGGCCGACGUGGAGAAGGCAAAGCAGCAGGCCCACGUGCGCAGCCACAUGGCUGAGGAGAGCAAGAAUGAAUAUGCUGCCCAGCUACAGCGUUUCAACCGUGACCAGGCCCACUUCUACUUCACUGAGAUGCCUCAGAUCUUCGAUAAGCUACAGGACAUGGACGAGCGCCGGACCGCCCGACUUGGUGCUAGUUAUGGACUUUUGUCAGAGACCGAGCUCCAGGUGAUGCCUAUCAUUGGGAAAUGCCUAGAGGGCAUGAAGGUGGCUGCUGCUGCUGUGGACCCCAAGAACGAUUCCCAGGUGCUCAUCGGUCUGCAUAAAUCUGGCUUCACUCGCCCUGGUGAUGUUGAGUUUGAGGACUUCAGCCAGCCCAUGACCCGUGCCCCAUCAGACAGCAGCCUGGGAGUACCCCCUGAUGGGCGCCCUGACCCACGAGGCCCAGUCAGGAACCGCCCCAAGCGCUGGCCCUUUGGGAAGAAGAAUAAGCUACCCCCCCCACCCCUGUCCCCUCUGGGGGGCCCCCCUCCCUCGGCGUACGCUAAUGGACCCCCAUCCCCUCGCUUCGGCCGGGACCCCCUGGCCUUACUGAGUGAGAUCAGUAAGUCAGUCAAGCCCCGGAUAGCCUCCUUCCGCAGUCUCCGAAGUCGAGGGACAGUGGCCACUGAGGAUUUCAGCCACCUGCCCCCUGAGCAGCGAAGAAAAAAAUUGAAACAGCAAUUGGAAGAUCGAGGGCGAGAGCUACAGAAGGAGAUAGAUCAGAGGGAGGCCCUAAAGAAGAUGAAGGAUGUUUAUGAGAAGACGCCACAGAUGGGUGACCCUGCCAGCCUGGAGCCCCGCAUCUCCGAGACCCUGGGCAAUAUUGAACGGCUGAAGCUGGAGAUCCAGAAGUAUGAGACAUGGCUGGCCGAGGCAGAGAACAGAGUUCUGGGUAACCGCGGUGACAGCCUGGGACGGCAUGGUCAUCCGCCAGAACCCCCUACCGGGGCUCCCCCAGAUACAAACAACUGUUCUUCUGACAAGGAGAGCCCAGAGGCUGCCCCCUCAGAUGAGGGAACGGACACCUCCAUCUACACAGAGUUUGAGGAGGACUUCGAGGAGGAGCCAGCCUUCCCCAUUGGUCACUGUGUUGCUAUCUACCAGUUUGAAGGGUCCAGUGAGGGCACCAUCUCCAUGGAUGAAGGCGAGGAUCUGUGCCUAAUGGAGGAGGAUAAAGGCGAUGGGUGGACGAGGGUCCGGCGGAAACAGGGGGGUGAGGGCUACGUGCCUACCUCCUACCUUCGAGUCACACCCAGCUGAACCCCCUUGCCAUCCCCAGGGGUGGGUAGAUCCCUGAAUGGGGUACCCCCUGGCCCUCUCUUGGGGCAGGUGGAUCCCCGAACGGGGAGUCCGUCUUCCUCCUUUCUUUGCUCCUAGGGCCCGGCUAUUGCUGCUUUAGGACCCUGCCCAGGGGGCCGGGGGUGGGGCUGGGCCCGGCUGCCCCUCACUCCACACCAUGUAUGCACUUUAUUCCUGGGGGGGCGUGGGCUUCCGCUCCCGACGUGCUCCUCAGCCUAGAGUUCUAGCUGGGGCCUGUGUAACCUCUGCUGCCAGGCCCAGCCCCAUUGUGCCUCCUACACUCGAUGUAAAUACUUGUGUUCCGGCAAGUGCAGCUUUUUUUAAAACAACAAAACAAAAACUUGUAUAAAUGGACCGUGUGCAGCCCCUGACUUGGAGCUUUAUUUAGGACUCGGUAGGCGGCCUGUGUCACUGGACUCUUUCCCCAGACCGCUGUGUCCUUGCCCAGGGACUUCACCCACCUGUCGGGGUAGCGCUUCAGAACAGUGCGAAGAACACUGGAGGUGGGCGCCACAAAGGCCUCCUCUGUCCCUUCCAGCUGCCCAGCCUUUGGCUCUGUGACACUGGAAUGUAGCCCCAUGCUCUCCAUCCAAGCCUGGGCCAGCUUCUCUGCUGAUCUGAUCCCUGUGACUUGUGGGAAGGGCUAUGGUGAGGUUCUUUGCAUAAAGGAGCUUAUCCAAGAGGAGACAGACAGCAGAAGGGGAGCGGGCUUCCUAGCAAUGGCCCAUUCCCACUGUGGAAGAAAAACUAGAUUUGCUCCUGGUGAAGAGCUCGGAGGGGUGGGAGGAUGUUCUGAAGCUACAGAUUUCAGCCCACUGGGAGGAAGAGCUUCUAUGAGGUAGUGAGUUCACUGGAAGCCUUCUGGUUCUGGAAGGGCAGGGAGAGAGAGACAGGCCAGCAGUACUUCCUGGUCCCAGCAAAGGAGAGGAGGAAGAGAAACUGGGUAUGAGGGCUCAGCUGCACCUGCCUCCCCCCAGCUCUCCGGGCUCUCACUUCUCUAGGUGUGGGUGCCCUGGGGCAAGGUCCCAGUUAGCGUUGUGGCAGCAGUCAGCCUGGGGAGUCAGGCCCCUGGAGGUUCAUAGCCAGAGGACAGUGGGGAGUCCUGGCCAGGUAAGAUGAAUCUUGUAGGCGUGCUCAGGUGACCUCAGCCCUCAGGCUCCAGUCUCCGGGAGAGGGCACUGAGGACAAGGUGAAACUUCUUGUGACGUUCGGCCUGUCCAGCUCCAGCACCCCGGCUGCCCCAGAGGAGCCUCAGGGCAAACUCAGUCUGGAAGGCUUCACACAGCUCUGCGGUGGGCUGGAAACCUGGGUGGGGGAAAGGGAAAGAGCCCAGGAGAUUAGAGGGGGAAAGAAGGGAGGGGGGAUUCCUUUGGGGGUGGGGAGGACAGAGCUCACCCUUCAGUCUGGCCUGGGCUGCCUCGCGGUAGUGGGAGGCGUUGUUGGCCAUGGUUCGGGCUCCUUGCAGCGUCCAAAGCAGCCGUUCACAGCUCUCCUCAUCAGACCCCCAUAGCUGGACUCCCUCCAGCAGCUGGGCCACAGGCACUAUGUGGGGCAGGGCCACCUCCCCUGGCUGACCAAUUCCUGUGAUGAGAGCAAAGGAGCUCCUGGGGCCUCCUGGGUUUAAAUCACACUCUAGCAGGUUGGGCAAAUCACUCCUCUUCCCUGGGCCUGGGCCGCAAUUACUUCAUCUGUAAGGUGAGGGACUAGGUGACCCCAGUUUCCUGCUUCCAAGGUCUAAGAUGCCCUCAGGCAAAGGUUGAGCCUCCACUUACCAGCCCCUUCAUCCAAGGCUCGGACAAAGGGCUUUAGCUCCUUCUCGAAGGCCAGUGCAGCCUCGGUGUGGUUCUGCCGGAGGAGGCGCCAUGUCCGUUCUAGCCGUGUGAUCUGGGGAGAGCUGGCAUGUUUAGCUCCUGAACCUAGCUGACCCCAGGUCCCUUCCCCAUCCUUCACCUUACCUGGGGCAGCUGCAAGGCAGUCAUCACUGAAGAAAGAGCAAACAGGUCUCCUGUACCUCCAGGGGCCCGAAGGGCUAGUGCCAGCUGGAUAAGGCCAAGCAAGGUGGCCACCCGUUCUGCCACGGGCCCCGAGCAUCCCACCACCGCUAUGGCCGCGGCUAGGGCCAAGGCCUCAUGCCUGGGGGAAGUUUGCCGGGUCAGAGACAAUAGUGGGUUGGAGGUAUGGGGCAGAGUUGUGGAAGGUUUGAGGAGCAAUGAGGUUAAAGGGAUUAUGGGGGUGGGGGCAGGGAGAUACUGGCAGGGAGUAGAAAGGAAAUGUAGGAAACUACAAAGGUUUGGAAGGCAGAACUAGCAAUUAUUGUCCAGAUCAAGCCAUGUGAACCACACUUUCAAAUGAAUUUGGUGACAGGGCCAGUGGGGUAUAUGAAUGUAUGUGUAAGUCACCAUUAUAAAAUAAAACCUGUAAGAUACUGA